AUGCCAGGAAGACGGGUGCAAUCGAACGGAUCCGCCAUGGGCUCGUCAGACCUACGGGCGUAUAACGGAAGCUUUGGCAGCGGGCUUGAGCACAUAUGGAACAACUCCUCAACCACGAAUACAGAGGGGCCAUCCGGCUCUAGCUCCUUAUUGCCCUCCUCCGACGCCGAUGGGUGGAGUAGCAGUCAACGAAACCUUUCUUGGCCGUCGAGACCACAGGCCAACGGGAUAAACACGUCACCAGUCCAUAGCCGCUCAGUUGAUACAAACGGUAUCUCUCUGGCUAAUGGUACUGAUACCAGUAAUUUUCCACGAUCAGGACAACCCUAUGUGGGUGCCUCUCGUUCAGGCGAAGGAAAUGUGAUGGACUUAAGGCAUUUUGCCAGAGGCCCUGCUACGCCAAGCUACCAGGCGCAAUCUGGGCACGCAACUCCCAACACGAGGGCAGAUGAAACCGGGUCUUUGAACAUGUCCAUUUCUCAGGAGGCUCUACAGCAAUUGACAUCUCGCAAUGGCUACGCUCAUGCCUCGCGCAACUCAACUUCCCUUGUUGCUGCACAGAGGCCAGCGCAUAACCACUUUCCUUCAUUCCAUUCCGAACGUCAGUUUGAGCAAGUGAGCACCGGCUUGGACAGACUUCAAUUGAACGAAACGCAGAACGCUUCCAGCCGUCCGCAAUAUACCUCCCGUAAUUCUUGGGAUACGUCGCUGUCCAGGCACAGGUAUCCAAAUACCACCGAGGAGAACGGAUAUUCUGCGCAGCACAUGAUGCUGCCGGCGGAUCUCGCGUUGGCGGGUUCAAACCAUGACGCCCAGCUACCAUAUCAACUCGGGCGGCCAUCGCGUCUCUUCGACGCCGGUUACAUUUCACCCGCUGAGCACACUGCAGGGGAGGGCACCUACUACACAACGCGCCCCAACGCUACGAAUCCCGCUCAGCUUUAUCGAGACGCCCAGGUCCAGCAAUAUACAGACAGUGUUGCGGUGCAGACUAGCAACAGGCUACGCGAACUACAAUCUCUGGAAUCCUCCAGCGCCCUCCAACAGCAAGCCUUUGCACCCACGUAUGAUCAUGGCUUUCACGCUCAAUCAUCAGUAGCAGCGCAAUCAUUUAUUCAUAAUCUACAUCUCAACCCAGCAACUAAUCCUCCUCGACGCCCAGCGUCCCACACUCGUCCUACCGCGCAGGACAGUCAGUCUAGUCAAUUUCUGCAAGAGUUCAGAGCCCUUUGGAAUAGAAGCAGGCACCAAGAUGUGAAGAUUAAGAUCUGCUUCGGGCAUGUUUGCGAGCUGAGCGGUGACCAGGUGGGAUCUCGAGCCCUCCAGGUCAAGCUGGAGACAGCCAACAGCGACGAGAAGGAGCAGGUAUUCCAGGAAGUGUUACCCAAUUGCAUGCAGCUCUCUCAGGAUAUCUUUGGCAACUAUGUUGUCCAGAAGCUCUUUGAGCACGGCAAUCAAGCCCAAAAGAAACUACUUGUCCAACGCAUGAAGGGCAACAUCCUGUCUUUGUCUUCGGCACCUUAUGGGUGCCGCGUUAUUCAAAAGGCUCUCGAACACGUUCUGGUUGACCAGCAAGCAUGGAUGGUCAAGGAGUUGCAGGAAAAGGUCCUUGAGUGUGUGCAGAAUAAUAACGGGAACCAUGUGAUUCAAAAGGCCAUUGAGAGGGUUCCUACUCAAUACACCAAAUUCAUUGUCAACGCCUUCCUGGGCUCGGUGGAGAAGCAAGCUACGCAUUCUUACGGGUGUCGGGUCAUCCAGCGGAUGCUCGAGCACUGUGAGGAGUCCGAUCGCAGGUCAUUGCUUGCCGAACUUCAUGCUUGUACCGAUAAGCUCAUUGAGGACCAAUUUGGUAACUACGUUAUUCAACAUGUUAUCCAGCACGGCGAGGAAGAAGAUCGGUCAAGGAUGAUCGAAGUGGUCAAGAAAAAGGUUGUUUCACAUUCGAAACACAAAUUUGCUAGCAACGUCGUGGAGAAGAGCCUUGACUAUGGAAACGAAACUCAACGCCGAGAAAUCAUUGACCAGUUGAUAGCCGAGACGCCAGCAAACACGCUGGUUCUUAACGAACUAGUUGGUGACCAGUACGGCAACUACGUCGUCCAGACGAUCCUUAAUCACUUGGAAGGGGAGGAACGGCUCCAACUUGUGGAGCGCGUCAGACCUUUGGUGGCCAACUUGAAGAGAUUCAGCUGCGGCAAGCAAAUUGCGGCGCUCGAGAAGCUCAUCGGAGACUCGAGUCCUGAGCCAACCGUGGCGGUCCCUGCUUCGAACCAUUCAUCCACUACUCCUCCCAACUCACACAAGUCGUCACCGCAGCCUUCGAAGCGCUCGGUGGAGGAUCGCUUUGUGGAGGCUCCCCCAACACCCCCACCGACUGACAACCAGAUCGAUGGAGCAAACUUGGCUGGCUCGGCCCCUGAUUCCAGAGCAUUCACAACUAGCCUCUAA